AUGAAGAUAGGAACCACUAAGAACUCCUAUUUCAUUUGUUUCCUCUUACUGUUGCGACAUGUUUCUGCAAAGAACAUCAUAGGCCAAGGAGGAAAUGAGUUGGAAGAAGAGGUUAAAAGAUCAGAAUUCCCAGAUGGUUUUCUUUUUGGAACAUCAACUUCUGCCUAUCAAAUUGAAGGAGCAUAUAUUGAAGAUGGCAGAAGCCUUAGCAACUGGGAUGUUUAUUGUCGUAUCAAUGGUAGAAUACCCAAUGGAGGAAGUGGAGACAUAGCUGACGACCAUUACCAUCGUUACUUGGAAGACAUUGACAGAAUGGCGUCUCUUGGAGUAAAUGCUUAUCGAUUCUCCAUUUCAUGGAGUAGAAUUCUACCAAGAGGGAGGUUCGGAGCUGUGAAUCCUGCUGGAAUCAAGUUUUAUAACAAUAUCAUUGAUAAUCUCUUACUCAAAGGAAUAACACCAUUUGUGACGAUCCACCAUGAUGACUAUCCUCAGGAAUUUGAGGACAGAUAUGGGGCCUGGCUCAGUCCACUUAUGCAGGAAGAGUUUGUACACUUUGCAGAAACAUGUUUUAAGAGUUUUGGGGAUAGAGUAAAGUACUGGGCUACUAUAAAUGAGCCUAAUUUAUUUGCGGAAAUGGCCUAUUUGAAAGGUGUGUUCCCACCUUCACAUUGUUCGCCCCCUUUCGGGAAAUGUUCCUCUGGUAAUUCCGACGUGGAGCCUCUACUUGUUGUCCACAAUUCAAUAUUGGCACAUGCAAAGGCUGUCAAACUCUAUCGUCACCAAUUCCAGACUGAACAAGGUGGAAUGAUAGGGAUGGUGGUGAGCGCUUACAUGUAUAAGCCAAUGACAGAUGAUGAGGCUGACACCAAAGCUUCAACUAGGGCUUUGGCCUUUCAUGUUGCCUGGCUUCUUGAUCCUCUAGUAUACGGAGAUUAUCCAAUAGAAAUGCGAGAGUAUCACGGGAAGAAAUUACCAAAGUUCAGCUCCGAAGAAAAAAGGCUUAUAAAAAAUAGCACAGACUUCAUUGGGCUUAACCAUUACACAACUUGGUUCGUUAAGGAUUGCCUUCAUUCCAACUGCACAUGCGUGGACACUGAUGUUCUUUGUACCCAUGGUGAAAAUCGUGCAAUUUGCGGGUUUCUGCUCAUUACUGGACAGAAAGAUGGUGCAUCCAUUGGAGAUCCAAUGGGAAUGCCUGGAGUUUACGUUGUUCCGCAAGGCAUGGAAGACAUUGUUGAUUACGUUAAGAAGACAUACAAUAACAUACCUAUAUAUGUAACUGAAAAUGGAUACGCUUCAAACGAGAAUCAAGGAGGAGGAUAUGACUUGGAUCAAGACAUGAAGCGAAUUAAAUAUCACAAAGCAUACCUAGCAUCUUUGGCUCGUUCAAUCAGGAAUGGUGCGGAUGUGCGUGGUUAUUUCAUAUGGAGCUUGAUGGAUAAUUUCGAAUGGAGAUUUGGUUACACCAUUAAAUUUGGGCUUUAUCAUGUCGAUCCUCUCACGUUGGAUCGAAGUCCAAAACUGUCGGCCCAAUGGUAUAAAAACCUCCUCACUAACAGUAGCCUCAACAGUAUACAAGCAAAGGGCUCAAUAUAAAACAUUUUUUCAGACUAGAAUCGCGAGUGUGUAUUUAAUGAGGUAGGACCUAUGUAGUACGAUUGAGAUACUCCAAAAUUUUUAUGUAUGAAUAUUACAUAGUAAUAAAAGCCCAAGUCAAGUAAUAAGUAGGGGAUCAGAAAUAAUUAUUAUUUGGAGGUUUAUUGUUGGGCGUAUUUAUAAUUUAGCUAAUUACAUUCUGGAGCUACUAAUUACUUGCUAUGAGAUGUAUGUCGUUGUAUU